GUCCACCCUAGGCGGGGUUUCUAUCUAGGCCUAUAGGAAGGCUCAGAAAACUCUGGCCCUGAAAGAAGGGGCAGGCUGGAAGGAACACUGAGCUACCUGCCUGCAGAGCCACCUUGUCAUCCAUUCGGAGGUCUUCUCUGUAACCACAGCCAGAAAAGCCAUGGUCAGCUCCCAGGUUCCUUUCUACUUUCCUCUGGCCCACUUCCUCAUCUUUGUCUUCGUGACUUCCACCAUCGUCCACCUCCAGCACAGAAUUGUGAAGAUUCAGUCCCCGCCAGAGAAGCCUGCAGGAGAGCCAGCAGCCACAACAAUGCCAGGGAGCAGCCAGCCGCAGGGCAUGUUCACCAUCAAUUCCAUAGGCCGCCUGGGGAACCAGAUGGGUGAGUACGCCACUCUGUUCGCACUGGCCAGGAUGAACGGAAAGCCCGCAUUCAUCCCCUCAUCCAUGCACAGCACCCUGGCGCCCAUCUUCAGGAUCAGCCUCCCAGUGCUGCACAGCGACACCGACAAGAAGAUCCCAUGGCACAACUACCACCUCAACGACUGGAUGGAGGAGCGGUACCGCCACAUCCCGGGACGCUAUGUGCGCCUCACAGGGUACCCGUGCUCCUGGACCUUCUACCACCACCUGCGCUCAGAGAUCCUGCAGGAGUUCACCCUGCACGACCAUGUGCGUGAGGAGGCCCAGGCCUUCCUGCGUGGCCUGCGGGUGAAUGGGAGCCAGCCGAGUACGUUUGUGGGUGUCCAUGUGCGCCGGGGGGACUAUGUGCAUGUCAUGCCCAACGUUUGGAAGGGCGUGGUGGCUGACCGGGGUUACUUGGAACAGGCCCUGGACAGGUUCCGGGCACGCUAUCGGUCUCCCAUCUUUGUAGUCACCAGCAAUGGCAUGGCCUGGUGCAAGCAGAACAUCGAUGCCUCCCGAGGGGACGUGGUGUUCGCUGGCAAUGGUAUUGAGGGUUCGCCAGCCAAGGACUUCGCACUCCUCACCCAGUGUAACCACACCAUCAUGACUAUUGGGACCUUCGGGAUUUGGGCUGCCUACCUGGCAGGUGGUGACACCAUCUACCUAGCCAACUAUACCCUUCCAGAUUCUCCCUUCCUCAAAAUUUUUAAGCCAGAGGCCGCCUUCCUACCUGAGUGGGUCGGCAUCCCAGCAGACCUGUCCCCACUCCUUAAGCACUAACACAAGCCUGUCCUUGCUCCCACUUCCAUCUCUAGGCAGGAGGAGCUACGAGUUAUGCUCAAAGGAAGAGCCUUCUCUCUGGAAGAAGCGUGUCUUGGGCUGCAAACUGAACUAAUGUGUUCAGCAAACAUGUUUUUAUGUUGGGCACCACCGGUUCCAGCAUCCAUUGACUAAACAGCUCAGACCCAUUGGCAGGAACCAUGGUGCCCGCUAACCACCAGCACUGCCAUUACUGUGUUUUAGCGCAGCUGUCUCAGGAUGCAGGAAGAGUUGGCACAUGCAGACGGCCACCCCUCACCUUGGGUUCCUUCUGAAGUGAGACCAACCCACACUUGUCCACUUUUUGUUAGUAAUAAUGAAGUACCUGAAGCUGGAUUAUUUAUAAAGGUCCAGUGAGUAGCUCAUGGCAGUGGCAGCUCCAUGGUGGGACAGCACGCCACUGUCAACAGUCACGUGGGAAGCAUGAGCAAGGAGGAGGAGUGGGCUUGCUCUUCUUAUAGCAACCCAAGAACUAACUGGAGUCUAUUGCUCACCCCUUGAAGGGAGCCUUCAAUGUCCUAAGGCCUUCCUGAGAUCUGUUCAAAUUGUAUUUUUGUUUCAGUUAUGGGUAUAUGUGUGGGUGUGUGCUCAUGGGUGUGUGCACGUGAGUGCAGUACCUUCAGAAGCUAGAACUGGGUGUCGGAUCCCCUGGGGCUGGAGCUACAGGCAGCUGGACCAGAUGCUGAGAACUUCUCUCUGAACCUCUCUCCACAGCCCUUAACUCUACCUCACAAAGGUCCCAGCAUCACCACUGUGAGGACCAAAGUCAAGUCCAAUGGAAACCACCUCUGUAAGCACUCCAGCAGCUAACUGCCUUGUCCCCUUGACAAGAAUGGUGUCACUGUGCCCAUGUGUCUCAUUAUGAGUCAAGGAGAAAGAGAAUAUGGGACUGGUUUAGCCUGGGAUCCAAAGUCAUGAUCAGAAAGGAGAGGCCACCAUAAGCCCACAGCAUCCACCACAUUGCUUGUCCAUCUGAGAACUCUGUGGGUGGGACUCAGCUGAGGCACAUGCCCAUUCUGUGGCCCUAGGUUCUGGGAGACCUGUGUGUGCUACCAUCUUGUCACACUUAAGGUGUGCGCACACACCAUGAUGUCCGUCUGACAAUUAAAGAACACAACCUAUGUAGCUGCCAUUGUGAAAACAGCCAGAGUGAUCUGGGGGAAGAGCCCUUGAAGCUUUUGGGGACAGCAGGAACCCCAAGGUGUCUUUCCAGACCCCCUGCUAAACUGGUGCUGACAUUGCGCAUGGGAAGUGGCCUGGAGUGGGCAGUGGUGGCGCCUCUCCUUCGUCCUGGCACCAGGAGGACCUGAGGUUUGGAGGCCAGCCUCCUCUAUUUUCUGAGGCCCUGUCUUCAAAAAGAAAAUCCUCUAUCUGAGCGUGGGGGCACACACCUGUGACCUCAGCGUUAAGGAAGUGAGUACAGGAAGGUCAGGAGUUCAGAGCAUCAGCUGCAUGGGGGUCCAGGCCAGAGACAAUGAGAACCCGGCUGGGCAGUGGUGGCACACACUUUGAGUCACAGCGCUCAGGCAGAGGUAGGUUGAUCUCUGAGUUUGAGGCCAGCCUGGGCUACACAGAGAAACCCUAUCUCAACAAAACAAAACAAAACAAAGAAAACUGCAAAAUCCAAAAGAAACAGAAAUGUGCCUCCCCACAAUCACAUGGGGUGUGUUGGUUGGCUGGUUUUGUUUUGUUUUUGAUUUUUUGAGACAGGAUCUCUAUAUAGCACUGGCUGUACUGGAACUCACAAUGUAGAUCAGGCAGGACUUGCGCUCCACUGUGACAGGCAGAGGCAGGCUAUCAUGCCCAGCUCAUUUCACAUUCCUGAAAGGGAUGAAAUGGGCUUGAGCCAUCGCUCCAGCCAAAUGGGCGGGACACAGGUGGAGAAACCUUUCAUCCCCGGAAGCAGAAGCAGGCACGUGGACCUCUGUGAGUCCAGGCCAGCCGGGGCUAGGUAGAGACCCUGUCUCAAAAUCAAAAGACAAACAGUGAAACAGAAUGAACUACCACAGAGGUAGCGGAACUGCGCAUGUGGAACACAAUCAGUUUGGUCCUAUCCAUGGGUGGACGGAUCAUUGGGGUGUGGAUUCUACCUCCAAACACCUCAAGACAGAGCAGCUCUCUGUCCACUGGUUGACAGUCACAUAGUUGUGUGACCAGAACCACAUUUAAGUUAAAGGCUAUGUGAGAUAAAAGGCUCAAAGAUAAUUUGAGCGCUCUGGAAGCUGAAGCCUUACAAGGUUCAGUUUGAGCACAGCCUGGGCUACACUGGGAGAUGCUGUCUCCUGGGAAGGAGGGGGUGGAGGAGGAGGAGGAGAAGGAAAUGGAAGGAAACAAGAUACUCUGUCCUCUAGGAAGAUCAGGGGCAGGGAGGCCCGGGGAGGGACUGAAGUAGGUGACACUGGGUCACAGUGAUGCGGAGUGUUGAUCUCAGCCAGGACCCACACUAAUCCUGCUCUAGCCUUCCAAAUCUCCACCUUCCAGAGAAUUCUGUAGCCAUCCAACCCCACCUUGCUUGGGACUCUGCACCCAAGGCUGACUGACUGAGGAGAGACGGUGACAGCGGGCAGGAGACAGGAGGGAGACUUGGUUGGAAAUUGAUGUCCUGGAGCCCAAGGCACCAGGGACAAGGGAAUGGGUUACCCAGCAGUUAGAGGGUAGCUGUCGCUGGGGAAAGGUGGGGAGAAGUGGGCGUUUCCUUUGCCAGAGGGUGAAUCGGAGUCAGGGAGGACGACGAGUGGAGACUAAAUGGAAGCAGAGAACAUGGUACAGAAAUGGACCUGAGCAGCCGGGGUCAGCGACAGACCGUCAGAUGUGGCCUCACAGAGCAAGAGCGAGGAAGGGGUCCGGAGAGACCUGGAGAGACGGCUCGCUGCCCUUGCAACUGCUGUUAAAGUUCCUGGCACCCAUAGCAGGUGGCCCACAACUCCAGCUUCAGGGGAGUGACAGGUUCCUCAGGCUUCCAAGAACCUGAGCAUGUUAUAGUGUACAUAUACACAAUAGAAAUGUAAAAAUACAAGGAACAAGAAGGAAAGCGUCUAGGGCCAGAAGAGGAAGCUCGUUACACCGUCUUGACCCUCCAGGGCUGGGAACUCGCCUGUAGGCUUUCAAAUUAUCACAGGGUGCUCAAAGGCCAGCUCUGGCCAUCUCCAGCCUGGGCCGGCCACAGACUUUCUCUUUACUCCCAGCACUCAACCUCACAGCAGCUUCUCCCACACCUGAGCUCUUCACAUCCCUCUUCCAGAUGCUGUCUUCCAGGAAGUCCUCUUACUGUGUCCCCUAACCCUUGCAAGUUCAGCUAUUUUUCUGACCCCUGGUCCACCACCCAGGAAACCGUGGUCAGUCAAAACUCCAUGAUCCCACAUGCCAUAGCCACCAAAAUGCCAGUCUGCUCUGGGAGUGCAAUCACUGAGCUUUUUGAAGUAUAAAAAAAGCGCAGGCUCUCACUGCCAGGCCCAAAAAACAGGCAGUCAUCCACGUCUGGUGUCUGGUGGUCUCAAGUGUUCAGCUCCUUUCUCUCUCUCUC